AUGGCAGAUAUAGAAGACGAUGAUGCGCCCCCCGCGCUGGUUGAUGUUUCGGACAAUCCGAUGUCGUCCACGCCAACCACGACAACAGACACUCCGGCGCAGAAUCGAGUGCCGAUUACGCUGGUGACUGGGUACCUGGGUGCGGGAAAGACAACGCUGUUGAAUUAUAUUCUCACGGAGAAACAUGGAAAGAAGAUAGCUGUGAUCAUGAAUGAAUUUGGAGAUUCCUCCGACAUCGAAAAGCCUCUCACCGUCAACGAAGACGGAAAAGAAGUCACCGAAUGGAUGGACGUCGGAAACGGCUGCAUCUGCUGUUCUGUCAAAGAUUCCGGCGUCAUGGCCAUCGAAUCCCUAAUGGAACGCCGCGGCACCUUCGACUAUAUUCUCCUUGAGACCACCGGCUUAGCAGACCCGGGCAACAUCGCCCCCGUCUUCUGGGUCGAUGAUAACCUAGGCAGCUCUAUCUACCUCGACGGCAUCGUCACCCUUGUUGACGCCAAGAAUAUCCAUCGUCUUCUUGACCAGCCGGCACCUGAAGAGACCGCUUCUUCAGGGCAUGGUGGCGAUGACAGCAGACAUGGGCAUGAACACACCGGCCCGGUGCUAUCCAUGGCUCAUAUGCAAAUCUCGCACGCGGACGUGAUUAUCCUCAACAAGGCAGAUUUAGUGACGCCCGAGGAAUUAGAGGCCGUCCGUGAUCGCAUCUCAGCAAUUAACAGCGUCGCCAAGAUCCAUGUUACGGACCAUAGCAAGACGCCGCAGAUUGAGGGUGUUGUGCUGGAUUUGCAUGCAUACGAUCAUCUUGCUAACUUGGAUUUUGGUGAGAAGGGCCAUAGCCAUAUCGAUCCGGCCAUCUCAACUGUCUCGAUUACAACACCUCCCAUCCCCAGCCACAAAGUCCCCCGCGUAGAUUCCUGGCUGCAGUCUCUCCUUUGGGACUCUAGGCUCCCCCUUCCUGCUGCUUCCAAACCAUCUCAGUCUCAACCUACCGAUUUCGAAAUUCACCGUUUAAAGGGUAUCCUGGCACUGAGUGACGAUGAGAAGUCAACAAAGAUCAUCCAGGCCGUCCGCGAGAUCUUCGAAAUUAGAGACUCGGAGCAGCCGCCGCAAUCUGACCCUGAGAAACCUGCGUGUUGUAAGAUAGUGCUUAUUGGAAGGGGGCUGGGGACGGAUGUGAGGCCAUGGCAGGAGAGCUUUGAGGCUUUUUUGGUGGGUGAUGAGUAG